AUGAUGGCGCUCCCUGCGGAACCCCGGUGGAUGAUGCAUGCUCAUCAUUCAGCUUUAAUGGGUACCUCAGAUUCGGUGUCUCCGCACGCUGGUUUAGGACAUCAUAGUUCGGGAUAUAUGGAGCCAGGUACCCCAUUAUUGCCACCAGACGAGGUGGAUGUAUUUCUCAGUCAUUUGGACUCUCAAGGAAACCCCUAUUAUCACACACACGGGUCCCAUUCUCAUACUCGUGCACGAAUGUCUUACAGUCAAACGCAUGCACGGUUUACGGGUGGCUCAAUGUGUCGACCUCACCUUAUUCACACUCAAGGUCUUUCUAUACUGGACAACAGCAAAUCGACCUUACCGGCGACCCAGCACCACGGCACAUGGACCGUCAGCCACCUGGGCAAAGCGGUUCUACAUUCAGCAGGCGCCGAAAGCUCUAACAGCCUGUACACGGGCACCGGUACGCAUGGCCCAGGUUCGAUGCCGUGCCUGUCAAUGACGCAACACUGCAGCCCUCAGCUCUACUGCCUGCCACCUACUCCACCCAAAGAUGCGUCCCCUGACCCUGCUUGUGCUGCGGUGAGGGACGCUGGGAAGUACCAUCUCCAUCUUGUCGACGGGAUGAAGAUGGAGUGCUCCAGUCCAAUCCGUGGCAAUCUGGCACAAACUACAACUCAUGUACCUUCAUAUCCUGAGUACGCACUAUCUGGAGCGCACGAGUACCCAGGCAGUGUGUUUCAUUCCAGAAAUCUGCUUGGGAGCAACGCGAGCAACAUGAUGUCAAAAUGCAAAAGCAAAAGCCGCGCUUUCUCAGGGCGUGAAUGUGUGAACUGUGGAGCUACAUCAACUCCUCUGUGGCGGAGAGAUGGAACAGGUCAUUAUCUGUGUAAUGCAUGUGGACUCUAUCACAAAAUGAACGGCCAGAACCGACCACUCAUCAGACCCAAGCGCCGACUGUCAGCAUCUAGACGAGCAGGCACCUGUUGUGCCAACUGCCAGACAGGGACCACCACACUUUGGAGACGUAAUGCCAAUGGAGAACCUGUCUGUAAUGCCUGUGGUCUAUACUACAAACUACACAAUGUGAACCGUCCACUUACUAUGAAGAAAGAUGGGAUACAGACACGCAAUAGGAAAAUGUCAGGCAAACCUAAGAAGAGGAGAGGAGAACAUUUUCAGCAAUUUGACAGUUGUGUGCAUGAGAAAGCAUCCACCUUCAGCCACAUGGCCAACAUGCCCCACCCCUUCAAUAUGACCCAACCAAUCCAAUUACAUCCCGCAUUCAAUCACAGCAGCUUAGUCACUGCUAUAGGCUGAGAGACACUUGUAGAAUAUACCUUACUUAAUGAACACAUUAACUGUAUUCUUCAGUUUUAAUGUUCAGGUCAAGGACAUUUUAUUAAUGUUUCGGGCUCAAAUGUUCAUUAUGCAAAUCAAAAUUCUACUCAUUCUUGAUUUAAAAAGUUGCACUUUAUUUUGUGUUUUUCUUAAAUGUGAUUUAAACCAACCCAGAAUCUGACUGUAGUACACUGAGAGUUUAACAGCUUAUCAUUAAUUAAUAUCCCCUAUUUGUUCAAAUAUAAACACAAUUCCAAAACGUUUAUGCCUGUUUAUGUCAUCUAUAGCACUGCACCUUAUGCAACUGUGAAGUAGAAGAAGCCCUGCAUUUUAAAAAACAUAAUAUGAACCUGUCCCUAAACCAUUUGUCAUUAUAUAACUAUAUUUCUUUUUUUCUAAUUUCUUUUUUCUUUGUUCUUAUUUUCAAGCUUUAUAUGAACUAGUAACAACAUCAAUAUUAUCAAUUCAUCUUUUCUGUACACACAUGCAUUAAU